AUGAUAGACAUCAUUCUGAAGAUGCUGCUAGGGAAGUACUUUGAACCAUGCGACAAGAAUUUCCUAACCAUGAAUAUGAAUGCAGGAAUUGAAAUAAGAAACAUCAUAAUAAAGAACGACGAAAUUAAUCACUUUUUAAAGAGUAAAAACAUAGACGUAGAAAUAGUGUACUUAAAAAUUGAAAGAAUCUAUAUCAGUUUCGUAACUCUGUCAGGCAUGCUAACUCUCAAAUUGCACGGUGUGGAUUUAAGACUGAAGCCACACAUACAUAGGAACGCCUCCAAGGGAAUUAAAAAUAAGUUGAUGAAUCUGUUAAGACGGAAAGUGGAACUUCUUUCUCCACUCAAGACGGGGCAUGUCAAUCUCGAAAAAAACCAAGGAACAAACAAAAUCCUCUGCUGCUGCUGCGAAAGCUACCAAGAUGUGCAGGACAGUCUCUGCUGCUACAACAACGUCAGCAAAAUUAAAACUUAUAUAUGUAAAGAUUGCUCUGUUUUGAAGGACCAAGAUGAUGAGGUACAUUUGACAUUUAUUAAAAAGAAAGUCGCUUUAGAGAAAGCGCAUCGGCAUGCUUUCGGUGAAGCAAGCAGAAGUGUCUUCAUCACGUCCAACUGUGUCCCCACUGCUGCUACUUCUGCUGUGGGGCCGUUACUAUACAAAAGUGUGAUGGGGAGAAACCACACGAUGAGUAGUAUGCAAGCCGAACCGGCGGACCAUGUCUUUGCUAAAGAACUCAUGGAGAAGCAAACCUCCAGGGAUCGUUCCCCCUAUUGGGGAAAUUUAAGUUAUAUCAACAAAGCCCGCGUGGCGCACAACACAAGUGCAACAUACGCACUUAAUAGAGUGAACAACCCCCCUCCAUAUUAUUCUGCUCAAAUGGGAAAAAAUGAUCAAGUCCACGUGAGUGCUUCAAAUGGGACGCAACAUCAUCGCAGUGCUUGUAAGCAGCAUUUGAGGUGUAACCAUUCGGAUGGUAAGCAGCUGCGGCAGGGUGUGCAUGAGAACAUAGGAAUGUAUGCUACUAGAGAACUGUUCAAUGGCAUGAAGAAUCACCAGGACAAGCACCCUCCGCGUGGCAACUUUGACGACUUAUGUAACACCCAUUCAAAAUUAAAGGGAAAAGAAAGUCUGAGCAAAUUUCACAUAUAUGACGACAAAAUGGGGGAUGACGUUCACCAGAGAAGCAGCAAAUUAACUGAUUAUGCAGGGGUAGAUUCUCGGGAGAACGACCCCCGCGGGAGUUACCAUAAUGGAGGUGUGCCUUGCAGAUGCCAUCCACUAAGUAACAAAUGCAUGAGCAUGCUAUACUCAUACAACGGGACAAGUAGCAACAAUUGUAUGAGGAUAAAAAUCGACCACGUUUUUAACGCAAAAUUGUGA